GUGGCGGCUGCUGGGGCUUUUUUAGAACGGAAAACAUCCAGGAAUUGUUAAUAUGCAGCGGCUCGCUGAGCGGAGCAGCUCGGGAGGAGUGAUUGAUUUAAAUUACAUUCAGGACGGUGACAUUUUUUUAAUUAAUUUCAAAUAAAUAAAUAAAUAAAAAUACUAAACCAUGCCCGAGUGUGGCGCGUGCCGCGCUGCGUGGAGCGGGGACUGCAGGGUGAAGAGCGGCCGCGGUCAGAGAUUCUGCUGCUUCUGCUUCUGAUUCCUCUUCUCUCUUCAGCCCGCCGCGGAUGAUUUCGCACCGAGACCUGCUGAAGGAGAGCGUCGACAAAUCGCAAGGAUGAAAUUCACCGAGCAUUUGGCGGCUCAUAUCACUCCGGAGUGGAGGAAACAGUACAUCCAGUAUGAGGCUUUUAAGGAGAUGCUGUACUCCGCCCAGGACCAGGCUCCAUCCAUUGAGGUCACGGAUGAAGACACGGUUAAGAGAUACUACGCCAAGUUCGAGGAGAAGUUCUUCCAAACAUGCGAGAAGGAGCUGGCCAAAAUCAACACGUUUUAUUCAGAGAAACUGGCCGAGGCUCAGAGGCGCUUCGCCACGUUGCAGAACGAGCUGCAGUCGUCUCUGGAUGCCCAGCGCGAAAGCAGCCGUGCCCCCGGCUUGCGGCCUCGCCGCCGCACCGUCUUCCACCUGUCCCAGCAGGAGCGCUGCAAACACCGCAACAUCAAGGACCUGCAGCUGGCCUUCAGCGAGUUCUACCUCAGCCUCAUCCUGCUGCAGAACUACCAGAACCUGAACUUCACCGGUUUCCGGAAGAUUCUGAAGAAGCAUGAUAAGAUCUUUGAGACGGCGCGAGGAGCCGACUGGCGGGUCACUCACGUCGAGGUGGCGCCCUUCUACACCUGCAAGAAGAUCACUCAGCUCAUUUCUGAGACCGAGGCACUGGUUACCACUGAAUUGGAAGGCGGCGACAGACAGAAAGCCAUGAAAAGGCUUCGAGUGCCUCCCUUAGGUGCAGCACAGCCUGCGCCGGCAUGGACCACUUUCCGAGUCGGACUUUACUGUGGAGUCUUUAUUGUGUUAAUGGUCACCAUUUGCAUCACAGGCAUAGCGAAAGCAUUCCGAGCUUCCGAAAGCUCCCAGGAGAUCGUGUGGCCGCUGGUGCGGAUCUACCGUGGCGGCUUCCUGCUCGUCGAGUUCCUCUUCCUGUUGGGCAUCAACACGUACGGCUGGAGGCAAGCGGGCGUCAAUCACGUGCUCAUCUUUGAGCUGAACCCUCGCAACAACCUCUCGCACCAGCACCUCUUCGAGAUCGCAGGCUUUCUCAGCAUGCUGUGGUGCGUCAGCAUUUUGUCCUGCCUGUUCUCAGAUUCUUUACGUAUCCCGAUUCACGCUUGUCCUCUGGCGCUAUACGGCUUCUUCCUGCUUUUCCUCAUCAACCCCCUCAAGACGUGCUACUACAAAUCCCGCUUCUGGCUCCUCAAGCUGCUGUUCCGAGUGGUCACCGCUCCAUUCCACAGAGUGGGCUUCGCUGAUUUCUGGCUGGCCGAUCAGCUCAACUCGCUGGUGGUUGUCCUCAUGGACCUGGAGUACCUGAUCUGCUUCUACAGCCUGGAGCUGAACUGGCUGAACUCCAGUAAGCGCGUGAUGAGUAACAACACAUGCAACACGUAUUCGUACGGCGUGCGAGCCGUCAUCCAGUGUCUGCCAGCCUGGUUCCGCUUCGUGCAGUGCCUGAGGCGCUACAGAGACACGAAGCGUGCUUUCCCUCACUUGGUUAACGCCGGCAAAUACUCCACCACCUUCUUUGUAGUGACUUUUGCAGCACUCUACAAGACGCACAAAAAGGAAAACCCUUCCGAUGCAAACAUUUUCUUCUACCUGCUGAUCGCCUGCUCAAUAAUUAACUCCUGUUACACGCUCAUCUGGGACCUGAAGAUGGACUGGGGUCUGUUCGACCGUAACGCUGGGGAGAACGCGCUUCUCCGCGAGGAGAUCGUAUACCCACAGAAAGCCUACUAUUAUUGUGCCAUAUUAGAAGAUGUGAUCUUGCGCUUUGCCUGGACCAUUCCUCUGUCAUUUGGGGUGCUGACUUCAUACCCCUUUAUUUCCGACAUUUUGGCCACAGUUCUCGCACCACUGGAGGUCUUCAGACGCUUCGUGUGGAACUUCUUCCGUCUUGAGAACGAGCACCUGAACAACUGCGGUGAGUUCCGAGCGGUGCGAGACAUCUCCGUGGCUCCGUUGAACGCCGACGAUCAGACGCUGCUGGAGCAGAUGAUGGACCAGGAGGACGGCGUCAGGAACCGGCAGGGCAAGAAGAGCUGGAAGAGGAGCUACAGCAUGUCGCUGAGACGACCUCGCCUCGCCUCGCAAUCAAAAAUGCGAGACACCAAAGUCCUGAUCGAGGACACAGACGAUGACACCUGACCUCCGCUCUCGACAGGGGCUGAGUCAUACCCUUGAAAUGGACCACGGUCUUUUCAGGGGCCCCAAGCCUUCCAAGACUCUCCAAUCAGUCCAUCACAAAGCUGCCUGUCUACACGCAUCCAAACUCAAACCUGACACUUGAUACACAAACCUGAUUUCCUCACUAGCACAGGAUCAGCCACUCGAUUAGUUACUGUAUUCUUCUCAGUUUCAUCAUUUAUUGCCUUGAUUCUUUUCAGAAACCAAUCUCGUCACAAAAAAAAAAAACCUGUCAGAUCUUGUGUAAUUAUAUUCACGUACAACAGGGAUCAAAAAUAAGACUCUCCAGAAAUGGACAAUAUUAAGACUCGGUGUGGUUAAACCCGACAUGUCUGUGUAUGUAGUGUUGUUCAUGUAGCAGUCCCCUUAGAUGUGUUAGUUACCAUCUGUGGAUACAUUUUUUUUUUUACUUUUUAAGAAUGUACUUUAUUUAUAUGAAGGAAAGCUGCCUUGCUCAAUUCAGUGAAAGUAGUGUUUUAGAGAUGAAAAGGUGGCGUUGGAUUCCAUGAUCUCUGCCCCAAAAACGGACCGUGAUUGGUAGAUGUGCUUCGAAACCCUCAGGUGGCUUUGAUCAGAUUAUAAUUCACACACCAGUAAUGCAGGUGUGACUUAAAAAAAACAA